AUCUAUCAUGUAAAUAGCCUUGCUUAAAGAUUUUAAUUACGAUUUUAUCAUCCACGUGUAUCAGCCCUCCCUCCUUCCUCUUCAUAAAUAGCUCUUCCAUUGUUGAUCAAUUUCCUUCUUCAUCUCAAAUCAAUGGCUGGCCUGUUUACAAGAUCAAGGCCUACCACCCAUCUUCUCAUAAGAAAGAUUGGGCUGUUGGAAAAUCUCAAACAGGUUUUUGGGUAUUCGUCUCUCCCCCACCUUCAAAUUACUUCACCCAAAGGACCAAUCCAUGGAACUGGUAAAAACCCAGAUGCAGUUUCAGAUAAUCCGAUGACCCUUUUCUCUGUUCGGCGGUUUGCAUCAAUCAGAGCGGGAGAAGAGCACGCCACGCAGCACGAUAAUGAUGAAAAUCGGGUCUUGGAUUUCCCAGGAGGGGGGGUUACAUUGACUGCUGAAAUGAAUUUUAUAUCCGAGUCUCCGGAGACACGAACUCACUGUUAUCGGGUUCUUGACAACAAUGGGCAGCCAAUCGCAGGCAGCAGCUUCCAGCAGGUAAGCAAGGAAGUUGCUUUGAAAAUGUAUGGUGAUAUGGUUACUCUUCAAAUUAUGGACACCAUCUUCUACGAAGCACAGCGGCAAGGAAGAAUUUCAUUUUAUCUCACCACGAUUGGAGAAGAGGCUAUUAACAUUGCAUCUGCAGCCGCGCUCACCAUCGAUGACGUCAUUUUUCCACAGUACAGGGAACCUGGUAUUCUCUUAUGGCGCGGUUUCACUCUGCAAGAAUUCGCAAACCAGUGUUUCGGUAAUAAGGCUGAUUAUGGGAAAGGACGGCAGAUGCCGAUACAUUACGGGUCUAAAAGGCUAAAUUACUUCACAAUAUCGUCACCAAUUGCCACACAGAUUCCCCAUGCUGUCGGAGCUGCUUAUUCGCUGAAAAUGGACCAGAAGAAUGCCUGCACAGUCACUUAUUUUGGAGACGGUGGCACAAGUGAGGGAGAUUUCCAUGCCGCCAUGAAUUUUGCAGCUGUUAUGGAAGUCCCUGUUAUUUUUUUCUGUCGCAACAAUGGAUGGGCGAUUAGUACCCCUAUAUCAGAACAGUUUCGAAGUGAUGGUACAGUUGUUAAAGGUCCAGCUUAUGGAAUUCAGAGUAUCCGUGUAGAUGGAAAUGAUGCCCUUGCCGUCUACAAUGCAGUCCGAGCUGCCCGUGAAAUGGCCAUAAGUGGAUCAAAACCAAUCUUCAUUGAGGCGCUGACUUAUCGGGUCAGUCAUCAUUCCACAUCAGAUGACUCCACCAAGUACCGCUCAAUCGAUGAAAUCGAAUACUGGAGAACGAACCGGGAUCCUGUGACUAGAUUUAGAAAAUGGGUGGAAAGCAACGGUUGGUGGAACGAUGCAGCUGAAUCAGAGUUGCGAAGCAAUGUGAGAAAUAAGUUAUUGCAUGCAAUUCAAUAUGCGGAGAGAGCAGAGAAACCUCCACUUGCAGACAUGUUCACAGACGUGUAUAACGAUCUUCCAACCAACCUUCGUGAGCAAGAGAGAUUGCUCCGGCAGACGGUUGAGAAACAUCCAGAGGACUACCCUCCUGAGGUACCUAUAUAGAUCAAGCUCUUUAUACAUGGAAGGAUGAAGGAAAGGCCUUUUCUAUGCAAAGCUCAAGAGUCCUUUAUUUACUAGGGAAGAUAACUGUAAACGCAGUUCAUGUAACCAUACUAAUUCCCAGUAAGUGUAUUAAAAUAAUAAUUAAUAAAAAUAAAAAUAAAAAGGGCCCAUGAAU